AUGUCUAUUGUCAAUGACCUCAUUGCGGCAUCGGCAGCUCUUCCCAGAUCAGGCAGAAUAUCAGAUGAAAGAUAUGAUCAGAAACUAAAGGAUCAUAUUACGCGUCUCCGCCAGUUGCUAUCGAAUAAUGAGUUAGACCACGUCGCUCGUGAUGAGAGCCUCUUGGAUCAAUUUAAUCCUUCCAAAGACUCAAUCACCUACUUAUUUCUUCUUCAACUACAAAUCCGUACCCUUCGGGAGGCAGCCAGUGGGACGUUUCCCGCAGACCUGCUUCCUUUGGGGAAAUUGUGGUCAAAAUCAGCGCACUAUCUGGAGGUCUUUAACCCAGUCCAAGUCAGAUAUGCUGGCCACGAAUGGCGCCAGCUAAUUGAACUUCUAGUACAAGCAGCACAGGCUGAUUCAAAGCCCCUUUUGGCUGCUCGAUUGGUCAAAGGUGCAAUGCUGCGACUUGACCCUUCAUGCGCUGUCUUUACAUCGACUCAUCUGCUCCUCGUCCAACUUUGCCUCACCGCUAAAGCUUACACUUGUGCUUUGCCGGUGCUAGAAAAACUGAUCUACCAUAUUCCGAUCCUCCCAACCCGUUCUCCUUUCAGAUCGUUACAAAGUCUCUGUGCAGAAUACGAGUCCAGUAUAGCCUUUGUGAAUGAUACUACAGGGCUUUCCUCCACACCGAGCAGCGGAGAUUAUCUUCAAUAUUUCCUUUAUGGAGGCAUGAUCUUUAUGGCUCUGAAGAAGUGGGAUGAGGCAUUAAAUUAUCUGGGAACUGCGAUAUCCACCCCUACAAAGGGGGCCAUAAGCAUGAUUGCGGUGGAGGCUUACAAAAAGUUCAUUCUGGUAGGACUACUGGACAAAGGAAAGCUGUGCUCUCUUCCAAAUCCCACCUCAACCCAGGUGGUGAAAACAUUGCAAUCACUUGUCAAGCCGUACCUCGAUCUUGCCAAAGCAUUUGAACAAGGCAAUAAAAUUCGAUUAGAGGCUGAGGUAGAUGCUGCCCAAGGUAUUUGGAGUGCAGACAAGAAUACGGGCCUUGUUUUCCAGGUUGUCAAUGCAUUCUCCAAGCACUCCCUGGUAAAGAUCAAAAAGGUUGUGGCCUCCUUAACAGUGGCAGAACUUACAGCCUCAGCUUCACCCUUCCAGGGGAGUCUUAGCGAGAUUUCCGAAUCCCAGAUAGCAUCACUCAUCAUGGCUGGUGAUCUGGAUGCGACAUUGGUGCAUUCUCAACCCCACUCUAGCAGUUCGAUUUUGCGGUUUAGAGCGGGGUCCUCGCCUCUGUUAUUCCGGGAGAAUGAGGUACAUGCAAAUUUGCAAACUCAGGGGAAGUUGAUGGAGGGUCUGUUUGGCAGCAUGGAACAGGCGAAUCACAGGCUUGGACUAAGCGAUGAAUUCAUUGACAAUACUGUCAACCGCCAACAAUGGCCCCCUGCUGGAGGGAUGAAGUCUGAAAUUGGUGGAGUGACUGGGCUGGAAAUGGAGGAGGAUAUUAUGGGUGAUUUGUCUUGA